UAUCCAGUAUCAACAGCAGCGUUAGAGCCGACAUGAAAAUAUCGAGUAUCAACAGCAGCGUCACAACCGACUAGAAACUUGCUAGUAUUAACGGCAUCGUUACAGCCGACUAGAAAACAUCUAGUAUUAACGGCAUCGUUACAGCCGACUGGGAAGUGUCUAGUAUCAACGGCAGCGUCACAACCGACUGGAAAAUUUCUAGUAUCAACGGCAGUGUCACAACCGACGGGAAAAUUUCUAGUAUUAACGGCAUCGUUACAGCCGACUAGAAACUAUCUAGUAUUAACGGCAGCGUUACAGCCGACUAGAAACUAUCUCGUAUCAACGGCAUCGUUACAGCCGACUAGAAAACAUCUAGUAUUAACGGCAGCAGUCAUCGCCGACGUGAAAAGACUUCGUAUCAACAGCCACAAAACUUGUGAACAGUGCUGCAGACAUCAUGGCCAUAAAUAAUGACAUUAAAAAUACAGUGAUAAAGCUAGGAGAGAAGUUGAGAGAACUUGCUAGCUACAAAGUGGACUACAUUAGCAUAGCAACUACUGUCCCACUUACAGAAGACCUAAUCAACCAGAGACGCAAUCUAGGCAACAAGUCAACAGAGUGGAGAACUAGGUCAAGGGCAGCUGAGCAGAAGGUAACUUUAAUCCAGUAUCAAGUUCAUAGUCUUUUUAAAGAUACUAAUGAGACUUUAAUUAUAGUUAAAGACUGUGAUGUCAAGAUAGCAGGAUCGAAACAAAAAUGUUUGGACGCCAGAGCUGAGCAGAAGAGCCAGAGCCAACGUCAGAGCCAGAGCCAGUGCCAGAGCCAGUGCCAGAGCCAGUGCCAGAGCCAGUGCCAGAGCCAAAGUCAGAGCCAGAGCCCGUGCCAGAGCCCGUGCCAGAGCCCGUGCCAGAGCCCGUGCCAGAGCCAAAACCAGAGCCAGAGCCACAACCAGAGCCAGAGCCAAAACCAGAGCCAGAGCCGAAACCAGAGCCAGAGCCAAAGCCAGAGCCGGAGCUAAAACCAGAGCCAAAACCAGAGCCAGAGCCAAAGCCAGAGCCAAAACCCAGAGCCAGAGCGAGAGCCAGAGCCAAAGCCAGAGCGAGAUCCAGAUCGACAUCCAGAGCCAAAGACUGUAC